UAGAAAAGGAAUUCCGUCGAAAAGUAUGUGAAGAUUUUUGGGUUACAUAAAGAAUUGUUGAAAAUAAUUAUUUAGAAAAAUAUACACGUGAAUAAUUAGAAUUGAAAAAAAAAGCUGAUUAAAAGUUUCGAGAUUAAAUAAUUACAAUAUCUUAUUAAACUAAAUAAAGGAUUGAAAAAUUAAAAGAAAAAAGCUAAUUAGAAGAAUCCAGACAUAAAAAGCAUUUACUAGAACAAGAUGUAAAAGCAAUGAAUAAGCAAAGAGUUUUAUAAAUUCUAGAACAUGAGUCUUAGAAUUGGAUUAAUGAAAAAAAUUUAAAUAAAAUAAAUUAAGAAACAAUUAUUCCAUCUACAGUUUUUAAUGAAACUGAAUAUUAUCUUAAACUUCAUGAAUAAGCCUAUUUAUAUGAAUAAGGAAGAUUUAAAGAUUUAGAAGAGGCGACUUUAGAAUAACCUGAAAUUUAAUAUAAAAAUUCACUUAUUAUGCCUAUUUAUUAAGAAGUUGUUUCUUUAGUUAAAUAUUUAAAAAAUACAGAAAGCUAUAAACUUGAGAAAGAAUUUUAAGUUGCAAAAAAAAUUUUAAAAGAUGAUUUAACUAAUAAUAAUUAAGAAAAUUUAAUAUAAGAAAAAUUAGUUAAAUUAGAAAAAGCGUUUUAAAAAUUAAGGAAUGAAUUGAAAAAAAAAUAAGAAUAACCUGACAAUUAAAUAGAAUUUUUGCAUUAACAUUUAUUAAUUUUAUAUAACCUAUUAAGAAAAUGGUCUGAAUAUACAACGAUUGUAAAAAUGCCAAAUGCAGCUGUAAGAUCAUUAAUAGAAUAAAAAAAAGGAAGAGCAAAAGGAGAAUAAGUAAUUAAAAAAAAAGAUGAAUUAUGUUUAGAUGAAGAUAAUGAAGAAGAUUUGGAAAUGAAUAAAGAUGAUGAAAAUUUCGCAAAACCAAAAGAUAUUUCUUAAGAAGAAGACAAUAUUUAAAGUAAUGAUGAAAAAGUUACUUCUGAAAGUGAAGACGAAAUUGAUAUAAAGAAAUUAAUAGAUGAAGAAAAAGAAAGAGAAGAAUAAGUUAAAAAAUAAAAAUAGGAAUUUAUGGAUAAGAUAUAAAAAUUGUAAUAAGAUAAAGAAAACAAAGAAAAAAAUUAAGAAAAUUAAGAUAAUUAAGAAAUAAUUUUAGAUUAAGAAUAAAUAAUUCAAAAUUUAAUAAAAUAAUUUGAAAAAACUGCUGAUGAUUAAUUAUAAUAAGAAUUUAAUAUUGAUUAAAUUAGCAGUUUAUAUGAUAAUAAAGACAAAGCAGAUUAAUAAGAAUAUUUUAAAGGUCUUGAUUUAGAAAAUAUCUUUCCAAGAGUAUUAUUAGAUACUGCUUUUUAAUUUGAUAAAAUUUAACAUUUAGAAUAUCAAAAUGUCGAAUAAGCUCUUAAAGCCGAAGAAAAAAUCGAUUUAAUAAAAGGAGAUGACCCCAAUUAAUCUCCUCGUAAAUUUGAAACUUCAUUAAUUGUUGAAGUAUUUAAAGAAAGAAGUACUUAAUUGAGAUAGUAAGUAAUUUCAAGACCUAAUUAAAUUAAAUUAAAUGAUAUAGAUACUCUUUUAGAUUUAAUAGGCGAAAUAAGAGUUUAAGAAAGCGAAUUUUUGUUAAGAAUUUGGAAUAAUUUUUGA